UAGUUUGAUUUGGUUUGUUUUGAUGCAUGAUCGCCCACGAGAAAAUGGGUACAUGAAUAACAAAGGGCACUUUAGACAGAAUCUGAUCUGAACAAAGUAAAUUGAGAAGAAUUCACAUUUUAAGUCUUCAUCUUACAUCAUGUCGACAACAGAAGAAGCCACUCCUGCCACAGAAACCAUUACUGUUACAACGGACCCAACCACAACAACAGCUGCCACUACUGCAACAACACCAAACAAACCUGCCCUUGUUUUCAGAGUUAAUAGAAAAAUAGACAAAAAUGAUCCACUCAGAUUUCAAGGAGAAGGAAUUAGCUUUAAUGCCAAAAUGAUAGGAACGGAGGAAGUCCCUGAAGCAAGAGGAGACAAAAUGUGCCAGGAGAAAAUCCAAAAGUUGAAAGCAGAAAUCAAAGCUUUGGGUGUUCACAAACAGAGAAUUGUUGUCAAUGUUUCGGAGGAAGGAAUAAAACUUGUAGAUGUUAGACAUGGGGUAGUAGAGCAUUCACAUCCAGUACACAAAGUAUCUUUUAUAUCAAGAGAUAUGAGUGAUUCCAGGGCUUUUGGUUAUAUCUUCAGUACAGAGGAGAAAAAACAUAUAUUUUAUGGCAUCAAAACAGAAAAAGCAUCUGAAGCUGUUGUCUUGACACUGAGAGAUUUAUUUCAAGUAAUAUUUGAAAGAAAAAAGAAAGAAAUGGAGGUAGCUAAGAAGCAGCAAGAAUCCCCAGAGAAUAAAGAAGAGAAACAAGAUCCAAAUGUCAUCAAAUUAGAUGGAGAAUUAAAUACAGAAUCAAAUACAGAUGAAGAACCUGUCUAUUCAGUACCUACAAACAAUAGACUUGUAAAAGAGAGAGCUGGAAGUUCUUUGGUCGAUUUAGAAAGUGAACUUGAGACUAUUGGUCAGGGUAUAGAGCAAAUGAACAAGCUAGAAACAUUUUUUGAAAAUGAAAAUCCACCAACAUCAUCUCCAUCAAAUGAUCCAUGGGGUUCUCCCACAUCCACAUCCACAGCUGGUGGGGUACCCACAUCAACAUCCUCUGACCUUCAAGAUAUCGACUUGUUUGGUACAAAACCAGCUUCUCCAGUUGAUAAAAAUGCUAUAUUAGGACUUUUUGGUAAUCAACCUACAAUGCCACCUAAUAAUCCAGGAAUGCUGCAUGCUGGUUUUGCAGCUCAGCCAGGGUUUGGUGCUCAACCUCAGCAAGGAUUUGGUGCUCAACCUCAGCAAGGAUUUGGUGCACAAACUCAGGCAGGGUUUGGUGCUCAACCAGGAGCACCACUAACAGUUCAGACUGGAUUUGGACAACAAGGGUUUGGAGUACCAACAUCUCAGCCAGGCUUUGGAGCACCACCAGCUCAACCAGGUUUUGGUGCACCGACAGCCCAGCCAGGCUUCGGAGCACCUGCAGCUAAUCCAUUUGGACAACCUAUGGGAGGUUUUCCACCUGCUGUACCACAGAGACCUGGCUUUGGAGGUCCAGCACCUAAUCAACCUAAUCCAUGGGGAGCUGCAAAUUCGGGAAUGCCAGCACCUACCAAUGAUCCAUUUGGGGAACCAGUUUUAGCACCUACAAAGAUGCAAGGUGAAGGAGGACGAGACUCUCCUAAACCUCCAGCAGAUGCUUUUGGAGAUCUUUGCCAAAUCAAAACCAAGAGUACAGACAAGACUCCAAAAGAGCUGUUUGCCCAACAGACUGCUGCUACUAAAAAACCAAUUAACGAAUUAGCAAAAGCUAAUCAACCACAAGUACAGGCAAGUUCAGAAGAUCCCUUUGGCACAUUUGAUUCCUUUUCUCUACCAGAUGCUGCAAACUUCAAGACAACUCAAGCAAGUCAAGAUCCUUUUGAUACUUCCUUUAUAAACAAUCCUCUCAAAGCAAUGCCACAUGCUGUACUUCCUGCUUGCAACAACAAUGCCAAUAUUCAAAAUAAACCAGAUCAUCUGCAGGUGUCGUCUGCAAACAAUGGAGAUAGUGACAGUGACAAUUUUGAUAUGCCUUCUCCAGAAGGGCCUCCACCGCCACUGCCACCAGAGAGGAAAAUUGAUAAAAUUGCUGCAAUACCCCCUGCACCCCCACCACGCCCCUUAUCAGGCACAUCCCACCAACAGCACUCCUGUGAUAAACCUGUACCAGCAUUACCACCUAGAAAUAUGUCAUCGGAAUCUCAAAAGACAAGUAUAAUACCCGUUCCUCGACCCAGACCUCAGACCAGAAAUCUGAGUGAAAAAUCUCUUAGAGAAUCUCAGUCUAGUCAAAGUAACUUUGGUGCAAAUACUCAAAAGAAAGUUGAAGAAAAUAAUAAUUUAAAUGCUUCAUCUCCAGAUGGUGAUAAAUUGAGUAUGAAUUCUACAAAUUCAUCCAGUUCAAGUAGUCAUUUCGUGAUUGAAGACCCGUUUCAGAGCAAUGAUCCCUUUGCAGACUGUGAUCCUUUUAAUUCAUCUGAUGGAUUUUCUAAAAUUUUUGACAAUAAUUCCAAUGAUCCAUUUUCUUCGCCAUUUAGUAUUCAAACAAAAGGACAGAAAAGUGAGCAUUUAGAUUCAUCCAAGGAUCCAUUUGCUGCCUUUGAUUUUAAGAGUAAUGGUGUUCAAAAAAAUAUUAAAGAUUCUAACAAACCAAAACAGCCACCACCUGCCAAUGACCCAUUUGAUACCUUCUUUAAAUAAAACAUUAAUUAAGAUGUAGAUACCAGUCGACAGUCAGCUUUAAAAGAUAUUGAAACUAGUGUUCAAAGAAAUUGUAUUAAACCAUGCACUUUGUUUAUUAUAUAUGCAAUAUAAUAUUACAUACAAAACCUCUUUGUUUAUUAUGAAUUUAAUUUUGAAUAUAAAUUGUAUAUUACAAUUGUUUAUUCAUUUAUUUAUAUACAUUAUACUGAAUGAAGUGAAAAAAUAUUUACAAUAUUACACAAGUGAAUUGCAUGGUCACUUUAUUGUUGUCAUAGAUUAUUUCCUCUUUUUUGCAGUUUGUAGAAUUUUUCAGAAACGUUAACAAAAAUCAAAAUUAGAAUAUUUUGAGUUUACACCUCAUGCAUUGAAUAUAGUAUUUUAAAUUUUAUUUAGUAUAUUGUAAAAAUAUCUUGGUGUUAUAUUUUAGUAGUCUUUUCAGGAAUUACAAGAAUAAUUUUUACAGUAUCUUGAAUUGAAAACAUUAUGAGUCUGUUACUAUGCAUUUUAAAAUAAAGGCAGUAUUAUAAAUUUAAAUGGUGCCUUAACAAAUUUUUCAGUAAAAACAUAAAAAGAAUAUUUUUUUAUUGAUUGUUUAUUAGUUGUUCAAGUGUCUGGAGCAAACCACACCUAGGUUAAAGUUGAGAAAAAAUGAUAAUAAUUUUUUGAUAUGAAAACACAACUUUUUAGACAUGGGGUUAUUCAGAGCUUCAUAUUUUGUUUAGAUUUCUGUUUGAUGAUGAAGACUGUACUUUGACUGCUAGAUUUUGUUGGUUUUUGUAUUGCUGGGUUGCUGUCUAAUUAAUGUUUACCCCACAUCUCCUUACAUUUAUCUGUUUCCAAAAUGAAGCUUUCUGUAGGGACCAAUAUACUUAAGUAUUAUUGUUUGUUAAAUGUGCCUUUUCUGUUGCAGGUUUUGCUUUUUGAUUGAUUAUAUAUUAGUAUAUUUAAAAAAUACUCCUUUACAUGGAAUAGAUUAAACUUUAAAAUUGAUAUGUUGAGAGGUCAGGGUUAUUUUUGCUAGGGUAGAAUGCAAGUUUUGGGUAGUCACUGCCAAGGAGAAGGGAUGUUUUAUUUAUUUGUUUAUUUGUUUGUAUGUUGUUUCUGAACCAAAUGACACAAGGUUAAAGUUCAAAGAUCAAAUGAAAGCAUUAGUACCUUAGUAUCAAUAAUCUGUUUUUUUUUUUCUCUCAGAAAGGUUAUAGUGCAAUAAAUACUAUUUAUUAUGGAAUUUAUUCAUUUUAUUUAUAUAUAUGUAUAUGUAUAUUUAUAAGCCAAGGAGUGAGCAGGUACUAUAUAGUGCUCAUUGAUGUACUUCCCCUCCCCCACUCCUCUGCUCAUCCAUGUUACUUUGUGACUUGAAAUGCAAUUUUUUAAAAUUAUAGUUAUUAAGUGUUUUUUUGGAAACUGUACAUUUAAAGUUUAUGCAUCAGAGAAAUUUACUCAAUUGAAGUCCUAUGUCAACUUUUUUCAGAAUUCAGAAGAAGGGAAAAAGGGUCAAAUUUGGAAGAAUAAAAAAAAAAAAAACGGGCAAAUAAUAAAUAGGCCAAGGAUGUUAUUUUAAGUUUUAUUGUUUUGAACCUUAAUGGAAAGUGUAUUUUAUAUUUUUUGUUAAACCAAUACCUUCAAAAUAGUACCAUGUUUUAAUUAUAAAUCCACUCAUAUUAAUUUUUAGAUGUCUAAAGAUGUGACUAUUAUCAGGUGCAAAAAUUAAAGUUCUAUGUCACUUUCUACAUUUUUCUUUCGCUCUAGUGUAAAAAAAAAUUUAUGUACUAGAAACUUUGAUAGUCUUAUGCUUUUGAUUCAGGUCUUCAAACUAUAUAUGACAGCUAGCACAUGUGAAAAUCAUGAAUUAUGUUAAAAAAUGCUUUUUCAUGUUUUUAGUAAGUUAUAGCAAAACAAAUGUGCCUUAACUGUUAUUGAAGCAUUUCUGUGAAUGUUUUAUAUUGAGCUACAUCAUUAAAUAUAUACAAUGUA